CGCCUCGUGCCCACUGCACCGUCAGUCAACGGACGUCAGAAGGCGUGGCUGACGGAUGGGGGAGUAGUCUUUGCAGAGGCAUCCGUCAGCCAAUCAAAUCGCUUCCCGCUAACAACAACAAAGCCGGGUUCUUUCCGCUUCUUCCUGCUUGUUGUGUUACUUGUCAUUGCAAGAUGGAUCCCGUUGUAGCAAGGAUGGUGUUGGUUCAGGUUGCUGGUGCUUUGGUCCACCGACGUGGAAAGCAAGUGCAUCGGCGUUGGUGGGUUCACCCCAUUUUCCGGACACGCAACCAGAGAGGGGAGUAUCACGCACUUGUGCAGGAGUUGCGUCUGGAUGCUCUCCUUUUCCACCAAUAUUUUCGGAUGCCUCCGGACUACUUCGACGAGUUGCUUGGCAAGGUCGGUCCUCUCAUUACCGUGGCAGACACACAGUUUCGUUCUGCAAUUGGCCCUGCCGAGCGACUCGCCAUUUGCCUACGGUAUCUUGCCACUGGCGAUUCCUUUCACACGAUUGGCUUCAGCUAUCGUGUGGGCACUUCGUCAGUGUGUAGGAUAGUGCGGGAGGUAGCCAGUGCCAUCUGGACUGCUUUGGUGGAGGAGGAGAUGUCUGUUCCCAAGAGGGCGGACUGGAGCACCAUGGCCGAGCAGUUUGAGUGGCGCUGGAACUUCCCCAACUGCAUCGGAGCGAUUGAUGGGAAGCAUGUUGUGAUACAAGCUCCAGGUAACUCUGGCUCCUUGUAUUACAAUUACAAGGGCACCUUCUCCCUGGUCCUCCUCGCCGUAGUGGACGCCGACUACCUCUUCCGGGUUGUGGAUGUUGGAGGCUACGGCAGGAUGAGUGACAGCGGCUCCCUCCGUAACUCCGCGUUUGGGGAAGCUCUUCGCGAUGGCACCCUUGACCUCCCUCCCGCCCACGUCAUCUCCGGCGCAGAGCAGCGGGGGCCGCUUCCUCACAUGUUUGUGGGGGAUGAGGCGUUCCCACUCAUGACCCACCUGCUGCGGCCAUUCCCUGGACAACAUCACACUCAGGAGAAGCGAGUGUUCAACUACCGCCUCAGCCGGGCUCGUCUGGUAGUGGAAUGUGCCACAAUUUAA